GACCGUGGACCAUGCAGGCGGCCUCGGCGCUGAGGUUCCUGCUCCUGGCCCUGGCGGGGGCCGCGGCCGGGGACGAGGCCCGAGAGGCGGAGGCCGUGCGGGCGCUGCUGGCCCGACUGCUGGGACCCGGGCCGGCGGCCGCCUUCUCGGUGUCGGUGGAGCGCGCCCUGGCGGCCGAGUCCGGCCUGGACACCUACCGCCUGAGCGGCGGCGGCGCCGGGGCGCGAGUGCGGGUGCUCGGCUCCACGGGCGUGGCCGCUGCCGCCGGCCUGCACCGCUACCUGCGCGACUUCUGCGGCUGCCACGUGGCCUGGUCGGGCUCUCAGCUGCACCUGCCGCAGCCGCUGCCCGCCGUGCCCGAGGAGCUGACCGAGGCCACGCCCAACAGGUACCGCUAUUACCAGAACGUGUGCACCCACAGCUACUCCUUCGUGUGGUGGGACUGGGCCCGCUGGGAACAGGAGAUUGACUGGAUGGCACUGAAUGGCAUCAACUUGGCGCUGGCCUGGAGCGGCCAGGAGGCCAUCUGGCAGCGGGUGUACCUGGCCUUGGGCCUGACCCAGGCCGAGAUCGACGAGUACUUCACUGGUCCUGCCUUCCUGGCCUGGGAACGCAUGGGCAACCUGCACACCUGGGGUGGCCCCCUGCCCCACUCCUGGCACCUCAAGCAGCUCUACCUGCAGCAUCGGAUCCUGGACCGGAUGCGCUCCUUCGGCAUGAUUCCCGUGCUGCCGGCUUUCGCAGGGCAUGUCCCCAAGGCUAUAACCAGGGUGUUCCCUCAGGUCAACGUCACCCAGAUGGGCAGCUGGGGACACUUUAACUGCUCCUACUCCUGCUCCUUCCUCCUGGCUCCUGAAGACCCCCUGUUCCCUGUCGUGGGGAGCCUCUUCCUGCGGGAGCUGACCAAAGAGUUUGGCACAGAUCACAUCUACGGGGCCGACACGUUCAAUGAGAUGCAGCCCCCAUCCUCGGAGCCCUCCUACCUCGCCGCAGCCACUGCCGCCGUCUACCAGGCCAUGGUCGCAGUGGACCCUGACGCCGUGUGGCUCCUCCAAGGCUGGCUCUUCCAGCACCAGCCCCAGUUCUGGGGCCCAGCCCAGGUGGAGGCUGUGCUCCGGGCAGUGCCCCGUGGCCGCCUCCUCGUUCUGGACCUGUUUGCUGAGAGCCAGCCCGUGUACGUCCGCUCAGCCUCCUUCCAGGGCCAGCCCUUCAUCUGGUGCAUGCUGCAUAACUUUGGGGGCAACCACGGCCUGUUUGGGGCCCUGGAGGCCGUGAACCGAGGCCCCGCAGCCGCCCGCCUCUUCCCCAACUCCACCAUGGUAGGCACGGGCAUGGCCCCUGAAGGCAUUGGCCAGAACGAAGUGGUCUAUGCCCUCAUGGCUGAGCUGGGCUGGCGGAAGGGCCCAGUGGCAGAUUUGGGGGCCUGGGUGACCAGCUUUGCGGCCCGGCGGUAUGGGGUCUCCCAUGAAGGCGCAGAGGCAGCAUGGAGGCUGCUUCUCAGGAGUGUCUACAACUGCUCCGGCGAGGCCUGCAGUGGCCACAAUCGCAGCCCACUGGUCAGGCGGCCGUCCCUACAGAUGGUAACCACUGUCUGGUACAACCGAUCGGAUGUGUUUGAGGCCUGGCGGCUGCUGCUGACAGCCUCCCCCACUCUGGCCACCAGCCCGUCCUUCCGCUACGACCUGGUGGACCUCACUCGCCAGGCGGUCCAGGAGCUGGUCAGCUUGUACUAUGAGGAGGUGAGGACCGCCUACCUGAACAAGGAGCUGGUCCCCCUGCUGAGGGCGGCAGGCAUCCUGGCCUACGAGCUUCUGCCCUCCCUGGACAGCAUACUGGCUAGCGAUAGCCACUUCCUGCUGGGCAGCUGGCUGGAGCAGGCCCGGGCAGCCGCGGUCAGUGAGGCCGAGGCCCAUUUCUAUGAACAGAACAGCCGCUACCAGCUAACCCUUUGGGGGCCAGAGGGCAACAUUCUAGACUACGCCAACAAGCAGCUGGCAGGGCUGGUGGCCGACUACUACGCCCCCCGCUGGCGACUCUUCCUGGAGACGCUGGUUGACAGCCUGGUCCAAGGCACCCCCUUCCAGCAGCACCAGUUUGAGAAGCAGGCCCUCCAGCUGGAGCAGACCUUUGCCCUCAGCACACGGAGGUACCCCAGCCAGCCCCAAGGCGACACUGUGGACCUGGCCAAGAAGCUCUUCCUCAAAUAUUACCCCCGCUGGGUGGCAGGCUCCUUGUGACAGAUUAACCACCCUGGGCCAUGUUCUCCCCAAACUCCAAGCCAGGCAGGCUCCUGGGGUCUGGAGCUGGGCAAGCAGCACUGGAGGUCCCCAAGCCUGGGCGAAGGGACUCAGACCUGCCGGUUGGAUCGAGGUUAGGAGAUUUGGAGGGAAGUGAGCUGCCCUCCCCCGCCACCCCAAAUUUGGGACCAAAGUACUGUCUUCAUACAACUUAAUAAACUGGUGAAUCCCCUGG